AUGGGUUUGCUAUCAUUAGGUACGCCUUUAGAUUGGCAUGAAUCAAAAAAAUAUAAUGAACAUGUUAGAGAUAAUGGUACAAUACAAUUAAUAAAUAUUUUUAAACAACAUUUUAAUAGACAAAAUGAUAAAUUUUUAUGGGGAGAUGAAGUUGAAUAUAUGUUAAUUGAUUUAGAUGAACAACAUAAAACAGCAAAAUUAUCAAUUGAUAAAGAUUAUAUAUUAAAUGAUUUAAAUGAUGAAAAUAAAUCAUUAAAUAAAUCUAUAAAUAAUAAUGUAUCAUUUCAUCCAGAAUAUGGUAGAUUUAUGAUUGAAGGUACUCCUUUAAAACCUUAUAAUGGUGAAUGUCUUAAUGAUUAUAUAUACGUUGAAAAAAAUAUGAUUAAAAGAAGAAAAAUAAGUGAAUCAGAAUUACCUCAAAAUAUAAAACCAUUAACAUUGACAAGUUAUCCAAGAAUGGGCUGUAAUAAUUUUACUUCACCUUCUGCAAAAGCUAUAGGACCAGCAUCACAAUCAUUAUUUUUACCUGAUGAAAUUAUAAAUAGACAUGCAAGAUUUCCAACAUUAACUGCAAAUAUAAGAAAAAGAAAAGGUCAUAAAAUUUCAAUUAAUUUACCAAUGUAUCCUGAUAAAAAUACUAAAUUAUUAGAUGAUUCAAUACCCAAUAAUCGUCAAUUAUUUAAAAGUGAUAAAGAACCUGAAUUAGGUGCUUCAAAACCUGGGUUUGUUUAUAUGGAUUCAAUGGGAUUUGGAAUGGGAUCAAGUUGUUUACAAAUUACUAUGCAAUGUUCUAAUAUAGAUGAAGCUAGAUACUUGUAUGAUUCAUUGGUACCUAUAGCUCCAUUAAUGUUAAGUUUAUCUGGUGCAGCCCCAAUUUUUAAAGGUUACUUAGUAAAUCAAGAUGUUAGAUGGAAUGUUAUAUGUGGAGCAGUUGAUGAUCGUACAUUUAUAGAGAAAUUUGAAGAACCUUAUGAAAACUAUAACCUUUUUGGUGGAUUAGAUAUUGAUUCCAAAAAAAAUCUUCAAAUUAAUAAUCAUGGAGUUAACAAGAAUGGAGAUUUACAAGAUUUAUUUACAAAAGAUGGGAAACCAAUACAAAAAAUACCUAAAUCAAGAUACGAUUCAGUUGAUAAUUAUCUUAGUGAUUUCAAAUAUGAUACAAAUUAUUAUAAAGAUGAAUAUAAUGAUUUAAAUGCUCCUAGAAAUGAGAAAGUUUUCAAAAUUUUAACCACAGAAAAACUGAAAUUUUUUGAUAAAUAUUUAGCUAAUCAUUUUGCACAUUUGUUUAUAAGAGAUCCAUUAGUAAUAUUCAAUGAAAGAAUAAAUCAAGAUAAUCAACUCAGUAAUGAUCAUUUUGAAAAUAUACAAAGUACAAAUUGGCAAACUUUAAGGUUUAAACCACCAGCAUUAUAUGAAAUUCAAGAAAAUGGAUUGAUAGAUUUUACAAAUAGACCAGGUUGGAGAGUUGAAUUUAGACCAAUGGAAAUUCAAAUUACUGAUUUUGAAAAUGCUGCAUAUUCGAUUUUCAUUAGUUUAUUAUCUAAAGCAAUACUUAAAUUUAAACCAAAUUUUUAUAUACCAAUACUGAAAGUUGAAAAAAAUAUGAAAUUUGCUCAUAAUGUUGAUUCACCAUUGAAAAAUAAAUUCUGGUUCAAAUCUUUUGAAUUAUGGAAUUUAGAUUAUCAUGAAUUUAUUGGAUAUGAUUUUUCAUGGUUUGAUAGAUAUUUAAGUGAAGGUAAUGAUUGUUUAUAUGAUAAUAAUGUUUACUUAAAAGGUUAUAGAUCAUCUUCAUCAAGUUCAAGUUUAGCUGGCAUGUCAAAUGGGAACGUGAAUGGGAAUGGAAAUGGGAAUAGUAAACCUUUGAUGAAUGGAAGUAUUAGUAAUGGAGGGAUAAGAACUGGUAAAACAGUUGAAGAAAUUAAUGAUAUAGAUGAUAAUGGUUGUGAUCAAAGAUAUACAAUAAAUGAAUUAAUAAAUGGUAAUCAUAAAUUCCCAGGUUUUAUUAAUUUGAUUAUAAAAUUAAUAUCACAAGAAUUAAUACCUGAAAAUAGUCAACAUUGUCCAAAUACUGAAAUUGCAUCAAAUUUAAUAAGAAUUAAAUAUUACCUAAUGUUAAUUUCCAAAAGAGCUUCAGGAGAAAUUCCAACCACUGCACAUUGGAUAAGAGAACAAGUAUUACAUGAUCCUGACUAUAAACAAGAUUCAAAAGUUAAUGAAGUAAUCAAUUAUAAUUUGAUUAACAAGAUUAAUAAGAUUACUAAUUUAAGUAGCGUAAGUCUAGUUUUGGAAUUUUUCGGUGAUUGUAUUGGUAACUAUUUGAUACAUCAUAACCUUGAUGAUGGAGCUAAGUACUAA